AUGACAAUGUCUCGAACCUGCUCACCAACCUGUUCCAUUCCUCUGCAGGCAUGGCCGUCGCCAUCUCCCAAUCCAUCAAGCAUCUAUGGGAUAGUCUCGAGCGUCAAGCUAGGCUCGAAAUGGGCACGAGAAGUUCGUUCAACUGAAGUUUACAUGGGAGAACAUCCCUCAGAAGGAGAUCGGCAAGUUCAUCGAGACCAUGUCAUGCCGAUGCAAGCGGUCAUUGGCGCUAAAGAGUAUGGGACAAGGUAUUGA